AUGGACGUGGAGGAGGAGCGAAGUGGUGAUGAUCGGAACGAGGGUUUCGCGCAGCAGCUCGAGGAGUAGCAGCUCGAGGAGCAGAGGGCGUCGAUCGCCGCGGUCGACGAAGCCCUAGCGGCGGAGCCCGCGAACGCCGAGCUCCUCGCGGUUCACGAGGAACUUCUCUUGGCCAUUAAAGAUACAGAGGAAGGGCUUCUUCAUUUAAAACAAUCGAGACUUCUAAAGGAAAUGGAUACCAUCUUUACUGAUCAUGAAUCAGCAGCUGCAGAUGAGAACGUCAAAGCUGAACCCUUGGAUCCAAGUCAGGUUGAACCAGAACCUUUGGAAUUAGAAGAAUUUUCUGUUGGAUCAAAGUGUAGAUUCCGGCACACAGAUGGGCGCUGGUAUAAUGGGCGUGUAGUAGGUUUAGAAGGCAGUGACACUGCUAGGGUUUCAUUUCUUACUCCAACAUCCGAAAGCAUGCUGAUGUGCAAGUUCUUUCUACAGCAAAGAUGUCGGUUUGGUAGUAACUGCCGCUCAUCACAUGGUUUCCUCAUUCCGAUAUCCUCAUUGAAGGAGUACAUUCCUACUCUAUGGCAUCAUUCCUUGGUAGGUACCAAUGUAUUGGCAGCCUCUGGAAACCAGCCUGGCGUUUGGAGGAAUGCUGAGCUCGAGUCAUGGGACGAUGAACACAAGCUUGGUCAAGUCGUCUUCCUGCAUGAUGGGAGCUCCGCCAAGCUCGGCUCUGAUUCUCUCUCUAUAUCCAAAUAUGCAGAAAUAACUGAUGACGACGAUGAAGACAGCGAAGAAGAUAGCUCAUUUUCAGAAAGAUCUGAACUUAGUGGAGAAGAAGAUAACAAUCAAGGUCUAGGGUUUCUUCAGGCAGCAACACUACAAAGAGGGAUUCAAACAGAGACUGCUGUUUUUGCCAAGUGGGAACAUCACACACGGGGCAUCGCUUCCAAGAUGAUGGCUAGCAUGGGUUAUCGCGAAGGCAUGGGGUUAGGUGUAUCAGGCCAAGGUAUUGUCGAUCCGGUGUCUGUAAAAGUGCUUCCGCCAAAGCAGUCCCUUGAUCAUGCUGUUGCUUCAAAUAAAAACAAAGUCGAUAGAGCUACAAGCAAAAAGCGCAGCAGGGGAGGCAAAAGAAAGAGGGGAAAGAAGUACGCGGAGUUAGCCCGGGCCGCUAAAGCCGAAGAAGGGCAGAAGCCCGACGUCUUCAGCUUUAUAAAUAAGCAGCUUUAUGGGCAAGAUGAUGAUAAUGGUUCUGGUGCAAAGUAUAAGAAGGGGUCUGGUGAGGGUGACAGACAACCCAAGAAUGAGGAUAGGAGAUCUUUGGUUGUGUACGAAGACGAAGUGAAAGAGUUAAGGAGUCGAGUCGAGAAGCUCGAAGAGAUGGUGAAGCGGAAUCGUGGUAAGGAUAAGGCGGUUUAUGAAGCGGCUUCGAGGAAGUUGAGUGAUACACAGAAGGCACUGGCAGAUGCUGAAGCUACUCAUGCGUCGGCCUCAACCGCAGUUGUUAGCAAGGAAAAAGAGAAGAAAUGGUUGAAGUUUUGAUGCUUUGUAGAAGGAUUUUGCUGCUGUAAAAUGUCUUUACUUUAGUCCUGCAGAUUCUGUAUGCAGCAACUACUGAUGUAGUUUCUUUCCAUUGGAUUAUAGAAAGAUAUUUUUUUCUCUUCUUACCUUUUACUUGGGCCCUUGGGAUUACAUCGGAGUUGAGGGCCAAUAGUCAACUCUGAGAUCAAUCCUAUUUUGUGAUGGACCGUAACAUUGUAACUUAUGUUGGAACCUUUUAGCACUCGGGAUUGUAGGAAAUCAAAAUUUGUUUUCAAAUAA